AGCAACAGUAUAGAGAGUGCCAGGAACUUCUGAGUCUUUAUCAGAAAUACCUUUCUGAACAGCAGGAGAAGCUCUCUCUGUCCCUCUCAGAGCUCCACGCUGGUAAAGUGAAGGAACAACAACAACAGGUGCCCAUUAGGAAGGAUUCUCCCAGUUCUCCACAACAGGAACAGAAUGGUCCCUAUAGGAACCUCACAAGUUCACAAACCUAUCAAAACAAGAAUGAGUCUAAAUUUGCAAACCAGAGCUCAGCUUUGGAAAAAAAUUUGCAAUUCAGGAAUUAUUCUCCCAGGAUAGCUGCCCUUCAUCUUCCCCAGGAUGGUCUGAAUAGGGAACAAACAGAGGCAAGAAUAUGUAACCACAGGUCCCCAGGAACAAAGCUGAUGGGCUCAAUUCCAACAGAGAGAGCCUCACCAGAUGAAAUGAGACUUCAGGAAUUUUCACACUCCCAGCCUUACCUGCGUGGUCAUUGCUGUGUUCACAGUCAUCCUGAAAAUGAAGAUCAUGUACAUGGGAACCAUCAGGCAAGAAUGGCCAGACGGCAUCCCAGGAUGCAUCAUCAGGAAUCAUGCAAUUAUUGUGAGCUUUCCCGGACACCAAUGCCAUGUGCGCCAGUGACAUUGGAGCUCGAGGAAAUGGAUAACAAAAAGCAGAUGUCGGUAGAGAGGAGGAAUCAGCUUCUUCUGCAGAAAAUGGAGCUCGAGAUUGAAAAGGAGCGCCUGCAGCAUCUGCUAGCCCAACAGGAAACAAAACUUCAGGCGAAACAGCAGCAGCUCCACCAGUCCCGGCUGGAUUAUAGUCGGUUAAAAAGCCAGGCUGGUUUUAAUUCAAGAGAUACUGCCAUUGAUGAAGCACUCGGUAAAACCCAAGAACCAAAUAUUUCAUUGAAUGGAAUUGGCACAGGAGUAAGCUUACUGAAGUUGAAGUGUGAUGAUUACCUGCAGAGAACAUUAUCAGCCAGCAAAGGGUACAAAUUGCACAGUACCAGUGAAGGACACAGCACAGGGAAGAAAACAGUUGGAUUUCGGUCAACCGUAGAGGAAGACACUCUUUGGACGUAUCCAAAGAAUGACAUGAGCAGAUCCAGAAGAGGGGCAAUGUCAGGAGCUAGAAAAGAUGCAACCACAUCUCCUAUAAUGUCAGUCAACCGAAAGGAUUUUGUAACCACAGCUACGUCACCAUUCCAAUAUGAUGCUUCCAGGUACAAUAGCACCCUGUUGGACUUGGUCCAUUCCCUGAGUCCCAGCUCUGCUCCUAGACUACGGCCGCCUCUCUCAAGGGAAGCUUGUGCCUGGAAUCACAGUCCAGUCCAGGUCUGCCCCCGAAAGCUAGCCUGGGCCUCAAGGGCAUGUGGCCCAUAUGAAGAGCUGGAAGAAAGUCGGAUCCUAGAAGAAAUUUUCUUCAUUUGAUGCUGAAGCAUGAGCUACAGGAUUUCCACAGGAGUUAGGACUUUAUGUCCCUGUCUCUGCGAUGGAUUUAUUUCUCCACAAAAUCAUUUUAAAUUAUUUGAUUGAAAAGUAACUGUGUCACUCCUUUCAUAGGGAUCUAUUUCACUAGCACCCUGUUAAAUUUAGAACUGAGAGAUCAUGCUAGUAAUCUAAGGUUUGGUCAGUCCAAUCAAAAUGUGUUAUAUUUUUAAAAUAGUCUUUCAUGUGCUGAGCAAUUAGAAAAUUAACAUAAGACAUUAUUUCUUCAUCUCAGAAUCCAUUGCAUAUCCAGCUUCAUUUCCCAAGCAUAUUUCUUUCUCUGUCUUCUGUACACAAGGAGAAAGUUGGUUUUUGUUCAAAUAUCAUUCGUUAAUUAAAAAGCAGCAUUUUUGUAACACAGGCUAUUCUAAAAGGACAGGCUCUUUCACAUUCUCUGUUUCUUUCACCACCAGCUGGUCUCCACAUUUAGUCAUUUAAUUCUGAAGCUGAGUUUUCUAAGCCUCAGCAAAGGAGGGUUCCUUUUCUUAUUCCCAGCAACACUAAUGGAUAGGCCCUAAGGAAGCUCAGCAGGGAAUAGCCUGUAAAUGUCUGCUAUCUGGCAAGAGGGGCCCAUAGGAAUAAAUGAGGAAAGAAUACAAGUCAGUCCUCUGAACUACACCAUGAUAUAUGAAUGGGUACUAUAGAAACCUAGAAACAUUGGAUGGUUGCUUCUGAAUGCAGGGGAAAAAUCUGAAGAAGAAACAAACCUGAAGCAAUUAUCCUACCAGUUUACAGUAUUUGGUGGUCACCACCAUUUCCUAUAGGCAAUAAGACUGAUCUCUAUAUAAUUUUUAAACUGGAAAUCGCUAGGGUACAGUCUCCCCACCAGCAUUUAAUUAUGUACAUAGAAUCUGUUUGAGCUCAACCAGAUGUUCUCUUACGUGCUUCAUGCAUCUGUAUAAGGGAAGAUGAUACAUGAGUAGAAAAAUGGCAGCAGAGUUCUAAAGGCUGAGUGGCUCCAUUUAUCCCUGUUGUAAGGUUAACAUUCCUAUGAUCCCCAAAACUAUGGACAUUAGUGAUGAGGAAGUGCACAUAUUGCAUUGUAGAGACUUUGAAUCCCUACCAGGUGUCCCAAGGACCUAUUGAUCAGACUUACCUCUGUACCAGACAGCGACCUCUUGUACUUCUAACUCUGCCUUUCAUUUGCCCCCAAACUGUACAAUGUACAAAAUUACAAUUACUAGAGACCAAGCCUCUCUAGACCACUAUUGGCAGCUAAAAUUAAGCUUGCCAGCUAUGUAGAGGCCUCACUGUGACAACAGUUCCAGAUUUAUAAAACUUUGUUGUAAGGACCUUCCUGGAUUCUUGCAUUAAAUUUGCCCUGUACUGUUAUACUGUGGAUCUGAACUUUUUGGAACUAGGCAGGUCUAAGUAAUUUGAUUAGUAGUUUGAGCCCAAAACUAUUCUGUAUGAACUCAUCCCUUCCGGUUGGACCCCCAGGCUUGGUCUCAUUGUUCUAUGCUUUGGAGAAAGGAGAAGAGAAAAUUUUAUUUCUUCUAUAUUUUUUCAUAUGCACUAAAUUUUUUAGUUACCUCCAGAAUUUCCUCUUCUCUCCCCCUGCUCCCAGAACUUUAUCCUCAGAUACAGUUGCUCAUUUGAAAGGUUGAAAACUUGCUUUCGAUCGCAGAAUAAAAGGUCACUUCUGUGAAGGAAACCAAGCCAGUCCUAUUCCUCUUUAAGUAUAGAUAAUGGGGGAGAGAGGAAGGAUGCAAAGAGGGAGAGGGUAGAGAGGAAAGGGGAAAUCUAGGCAAGUUUUGAAUUUCCACCAAGUCUUGGAGAUUUGGACCAUUUUUCCAAUGUGAAAGGAACCAAAAUAUGAGUGACAAGCCAAAGCCAUUCUCUUUAGUAAAACCAGUAAGCCUCCUUAGCAUCCUUAGCCACCUUGCCCUUAGUAGCCCAUGUGGCUCACUGGCCAUGGAUAAACUCCACUCUCCUGGAUUAGCUGUGCUUCACAGGGACACCAAGUCUGUCCCCCCAAAACUCAGCUUAACAGAGGGUUUCACCGAGGUGACCAAAUUGAUGGAUCCUUUUCCCCAUCAAUUCAGUGGUUUUUCUACCCUCCGGAAUAAGCGCCACAUUCAGGAAACCUGGCAACCUUUAGAAGAACCACAUUUCAAGGUCUCAAUCCAGCAUUUGUCUUGUUUCACUCAGUUGCUACAGCUUUAAUUGCCUCUUUUAUUAGCUAAUGGAUGGACCAUUUGGAAGAGCAAAGUUUGGUUUCCAGCAGUGCCUUUACCCCUACAUCUCCUUUCCAUAAGCCAGCCCCACUUGGCUGCUCCUUGUUAUUUUGUGAGUGUUGAUGUUGAAUUCCUUGUGGGGAAUGUAUAUGUUAACAAUCCAACAUGUUCAUUACCUUCUGAGUGGUGUGUUUUUGCAUUUUAGUCUGACAUGUGUAUGUGUGCAUGUACAUAUAGAUCGAUAUAUGGAGGUACAGAAGCUGUUGGUGGAGCUUUGAGACCUAAGCCUGCCUAUAGAGUGUCCCAGUUGUUAAGUGACCAUUUCUGGACUUUUAAAAUAUAAAGGAGCAAAGAGGCCAUCUCAAUCCUUACCUCCAUCCUUUGAACACAUACCCAUGUCUUCCUAUCCUUGACAGUUUAAAAGACUUGACAGAAUCCGAAUAAGGAGUUCUCCCACUAAUAGUGCUAUGAAAGAACAUUCCUCAACCGAGUUUCAAGUCCUAUCUCAGAGGAGCAUUUGAGCACAGACAAAGCCCAAGUCAGGGGCAUGUGUGCAGUUAUAGCUCUGCUUUCCUUUAUACCCCAUAGGGCUAGGAAGAAAAAGUAAUCAGUGUUUAUAAAAUAGAAAAGAACCAAAUAAAACUUUAAGGAAUUAUUUUCUAAGUAACUUAAACACUCGGUGUUAAAAGCCAAAAUUCAACAAUUAAAAACAGUCCUCCACCAGUGACCUUUCCAGAAGAACUUCUUGCAUCCACAUAGUACCUUGUCCAGAGUACCCCUAGCUAUCUUGGGAUGAGGGGGAGCCUUUGUACCCCUUCCACAAAGAUUGCUCUUAACACCUCUUCGUCCAUCUCUGUGGCAACUACUGUGGAAAUCUGUUGGAUGGCAGGUGGAUUCAUGGGGCCUCUGGUUAUGUCUAGUCUAUGGUGACCAGAGAGGUCUCCUAUCUCCCCUUUUCAGCUUUGUGCAUGGUAUUUUUCAAUGUGGGUCAAUGGUUAUAUACACAUGAAGUUUUAAAGUUAAUAAAUUAUAUGGCUUGUUUUCCUCCAUAUGAAUCUAGUAUUGGCUUAUCCUUAUAUUGCUUUUAUCCGGAAGACAGGCCUGCCUUGAAAGCAAAAGCAAACACACAACUCUGCUGGACAUUGAUACAGCUUCCCUAAAGCUUAUCUUCCUAGCCCAAGUGCCACUUAAGUCUCUGUAUAGACACUAGGCCCCUUCCAGGUCGACUGGAAACAGGGGUGAAAUAAUGAGAUAUUCUGGUCCAUUGUUCCAACCUAAAGGAGCUUCACAGAAGAAUUAAAUGAUGCAAUCCAUGCUAAAA